AUGUCCUGGAACCCCACGCAGGUGGCAGGGUUGGAGAAAACGCCAAGCCCUCGACAGCAGGUGGGAGACAAGGACGACAGAUCUCCUACGCACUAUGGUUACUAUGCGACUCCCUGCAGAAGGGACUGGGGCUUGGGCGAGACUUCCCGGUCUCCGAACCCACCAACGUACGCGGCCCCGCCCGCACCGAAGAAGAAACCUCGACCAGCUGGCGCUCAUGCCACCGUCAAUGGGGGCCGCACAGUCCGCAACCUGUAUCCGGAGUUCAUGGAAGCAAUUGACUGGACCAGGCUGCGUGCAGAAGUGGAGAUCUGUCAUAUGGAGGUGUACCCCGCCACACUAGAGCAGCCGAGCGCUCCUCUGGCCUCCCAGGCUAUGUUGUUGGCUGCAGCAAUGUGACUGCCGCAACUUUCCUUGCAGCAGACGGCAAUGAAAACAGCACGGCGCAGCCAACUCAGCUGGUCGGUGCUGUCAGUUGCGCGGUGCUGACGGCAUAUUCAGCAUUUAAGACCGCCCACAUAGGUUCUAACACAGGGAUGGCCUGAGCAGUAGAGAAUUAAAUGGGAGCUUCUGGUGGAAAAUACUCAAGGGUAGAGGUGAUGGGCGGGUUGCUGCCUUGCAUUGGUGGAACACAGCAUACAGUAGGGAAAGCGCAUGAUGAAUGCGCACACGUGGUACCAAUUACUGCCCGUUUUGACAGCCAUCACGGACAUCAGCCACAGUACUUACCGGCGCAGCUGAAAGCUGGAGGAGCAAGGUUGAAAUUCUGUGCAUCUCAUUAAGACAUUGCCACAAGGGCGUGCAAAAGGUCUCUGCAUGUUAGGUUGUUCUAGCUACAAUACUAACGUUUGCAUGUGGCUGACGGUGUUCACCAGAAAAUUGGGACACAAGGUAAACAAGGAAUUACAAUAAAUGAAUGGGCAAUC